UUACUAUUCUGUGGGAACUCAGUGGAGCUCAGAAAGAACCAUGAAGCUAUUACUACUCCUGGGACUGGUGGUCCUGUCUGAAUGUGUGGUAAAGGUUCCCCUCAGGAAGGGGGAAUCCUUCCGGAACAGGUUGCAGAGGCUUGGACUUUUGGGUGACUAUCUGAAGAAAUAUCCAUACAACCCUGCAUCCAAAUAUUUCCCUACCUUGGCUCAGUCUUCAGCAGAGGUGCUGCAGAACUACAUGGAUAUAGAAUAUUAUGGGACCAUUUCCAUUGGGACCCCUCCCCAGGAGUUUACUGUUAUCUUUGACACAGGAUCUGCUAACCUCUGGGUUCCAUCUGUGUACUGCUCCAGCUCAGCCUGCACAAAUCACAACAGGUUUAACCCACAGCAGUCAACCACUUUCCAAGCAACUAACACUCCAGUGUCCAUUCAAUACGGGACCGGCAGCAUGAGUGGGUUCCUGGGAUAUGAUACUUUACAAGUUGGAAAUAUCAAGAUCUCUAACCAAAUGUUUGGCCUGAGUGAGUCUGAGCCUGGUUCAUUCCUCUACUACUCUCCAUUCGACGGGAUCCUUGGUCUUGCUUUUCCCAGCAUUGCAUCAUCUCAAGCCACACCUGUGUUUGACAACAUGUGGAGCCAAGGACUCAUACCACAGAACCUCUUUUCUGUUUAUCUCAGCUCUGACGGUCAGAGUGGCAGCUAUGUUCUCUUUGGAGGAGUUGACACGUCUUACUACAGUGGUAGCUUAAACUGGGUCCCCCUAACUGCUGAAACCUACUGGCAAAUUAUUCUUGACAGUAUAUCAAUAAAUGGGCAGGUUAUUGCUUGCAGUCAAUCUUGUCAAGCCAUUGUAGAUACUGGAACCUCUCUGAUGACUGGCCCCACAACUCCGAUUGCUAACAUCCAGUACUACAUUGGAGCAAGUCAGGAUUCUAAUGGACAGUAUGUGAUCAACUGCAAUAACAUCAGCAACAUGCCAACUAUUGUCUUUACUAUCAAUGGUGUCCAAUAUCCACUGCCACCCACUGCAUAUGUGCGCCAGAACCAACAAGGCUGUUCCAGUGGAUUUCAGGCAAUGACCCUCCCCACCAAUUCAGGGGAUUUGUGGAUCCUGGGAGAUGUAUUUAUCCGCCAGUACUUUGUGGUGUUUGACAGAACCAAUAAUUAUGUGGCAAUGGCUCCCGUUGCUUAAAAUAAAUCUUUAUUUUACUCUGCC